ACGCUCGCACCACAUAACACAAGCAAAAUCACACAAAAUUAAGUGAUUAAUUUAGCCUCAUAAUCUAAUAACAAGCACAACAAUGGGUCAUCAAUCUUACCAUAUACUCUUACUUGUGGCUUGCUUAUUGUAUCCUUUUACAGCAACUGCGCUAAGCCAAAAUUACUACGCUAAAACAUGUCCGAACGUCGAGAAAAUCGUCAGGCAAGCCGUGCAGAAAAAAAUUCAGCAAACCUUCGUCACUAUUCCUGGUACUCUUCGCCUAUUCUUCCAUGAUUGCUUUGUCAAUGGAUGUGAUGCUUCGGUUAUCAUUCAAUCGACGAGUAAUAACAAGGCAGAAAAAGAUCAUCCCGACAAUAUAUCAUUAGCAGGAGACGGAUUUGAUACAGUGAUUAAGGCAAAAGCCGCGGUUGAUGCAGUUGCAGGAUGUACUAAUAACGUUUCGUGUGCUGAUAUUCUUGCUCUUGCUACUCGCGAUGUUGUUAAUCUGUCUGGAGGACCAUUUUGGGAAGUAGAGUUGGGAAGAUUUGACGGUUUGGUUUCAACAGCUUCAAGUGUGAAUGGAAAGUUACCUCAACCAACUGAUGAUCUUAAUAAGCUUAAUUCCUUGUUUGCUAAAAAUGGUCUUACUCAAGCUGAAAUGGUUGCUCUUUCAGGGGCUCACACAGUGGGAUUCUCCCAUUGCGACAGGUUCACUAAACGGAUAUACGGGUUUACACCAAAGAACCCGGUUGACCCGACCCUGAAUGCACAAUAUGCUACCCAAUUGCAAAAAAUGUGCCCUACAAAUGUGGACCCAAGAAUUGCUGUUAGUAUGGACCCAAUAUCACCCAGAAUCUUUGACAAUGUUUAUUACAAAAACUUGAUUAAUGGAAAGGGUCUUUUCACUUCAGAUCAGGUCCUUUAUACAGAUCCAAGAACUAGGGGACUUGUUACAAAUUGGGCCCAAAGUUCUUUUAACUUUAAGAAGGCUUUUGCUCAGUCCAUGAUUAAAUUGGGCCGUGUUGGGGUCAAGAAUGCCAAGAAUGGGAAUAUUAGAGUUCAAUGUGAUGCCUUCAACUAAGAGAUUUUUUUUUUUUGAAGGGAUCAACUAAGAGAAUUUUAGAAUACUUUCUAUUUUUGCUAGCAAGUUAUUACUAGUCUACUAGUGUUAUUUUUGUUAAUAUUUAUAUAUUUUUCUUUUUUUAAAUUGUGGAGAAUAAGGGAAGUAAUUAAGAAGUUUGAUUGCUUCUUUUCCUUUUCUUUAUUGUAUAUUCCGAGAUCUGAAAAAUAAGUUAUUAUGUCAUGUAAUAAUGAUAGCUCAUUAUCAACUGGAAUAUCAAGUGUAUUAUAGAAUGUCAAAGGUUCUUAAGUUCUACUUUUGUUUUAUAUAUAAAGAGAUGUGGUUUACAAAUAAA